CUGCUUUAACUUCCGGUUCCGAAGGAAAGAGGGCAAGAUGCCAUUACCUCUGCAGCAAGGAUUAUUUCAGGCUGUGGAGCCAAUGCAGGUUGAUGGAGCUCCAGAAGAGAAUGAUAAUGUGGAAGAGGAACCACAGUACACUGUGGAAAAUCCAUCACUGGACUUGGAGCAGUAUGCUGCGCAAUAUUCGGGUUUGGCACGCCUUAACAGGCUCAUGUUUAUUGCUGACCACUGUCCUUCACUGCGGAUAGAGGCUCUGCGCAUGGCCUUGAACUAUGUUUUAACAACAUACAACACCAACCUCUAUGGCAUUAUACACCGUAAACUGCAGGAAGCUGCUGCUCUAAAUAGUGGUCUUCCAGAUGCAGUGGCUGGGUCUGUGCACAGUGUUCCACCACUUGAUGUGCAGUGGAUGGAAACAACUGCCAAAAAAGCAGCUUUCAAACUUGAGAAACUUGACACUGAUUUAAAGAACUACAAGAGCAAUUCCAUAAAGGAGAGCAUUAGACGAGGUCACGAUGAUCUAGGUGACCACUACUUAGACUGUGGCGAUUUGAGUAAUGCACUCAAGUGUUACUCACGGGCUCGGGACUACUGCACAAAUCCCAAGCAUGUAGUCAACAUGUGCUUAAAUGUGAUAAAGGUUAGUGUAUAUUUACAAAACUGGUCACAUGUUCUUAGCUAUGUAAACAAAGCUGAAUCCACACCAGAAACAGAGAGUGCAAAAGAAGCUAACCUGACGACACAGAGCAGGUUGAAAUGUGCAGCAGGAUUAGCAGAUCUAGCUACUCGUAAAUACAAAUCAGCUGCCAAGUACUUCUUGCAAACCAGUUUUGACCACUGUGAUUUCCCUGAGCUUCUUUCCCCAUCAAAUGUGGCAAUGUAUGGUGCAUUGUGUGCACUGGCAUCCUUUGACCGACAGGAGCUGCAGGUCAAUGUCAUUUCUAGCAGCUCCUUCAAGCAGUUCUUAGAAUUGGAACCUCAGCUUAGAGACAUCCUGCACAAUUUCUAUGAUUCCAAAUAUGCAUCCUGUCUAAAACUGCUAGCAGAAAUCAGAGAUAACCUUUUACUGGAUAUGUAUCUGGCUCCACAUGUGUCCUCACUGUAUACACAGAUCAGAAACCGUGCCCUUUGUCAGUACUUCAGCCCAUACCUCUCUGCAGACAUGCGCAAGAUGGCAGCAGCUUUUAACACUUCUGUAGGAGCGCUGGAAGAUGAACUGAUGCAGCUCAUUUUAGAUGGCCAGAUAAAUGCCCGAAUAGAUUCACACAACAAGAUCCUGUAUGCUAAAGAUACUGAUCAGCGGAGCAGCACUUUUGAACGAGCUCUGGCCAUUGGGCGAGAAUAUCAGCGGCGCACAAAGGCCCUGGUUCUGAGAUCAGCUGUGCUGAAAAACCAAAUUCACGUCAAGAGUCCACCAAGAGAAGGGGGUCAGGGAGCAGAGAUGUCCAUAGCUCCUGGGAGUGCAAGCUCUGCUCGAAAUUAAAAGUGAAGUUGUCAGUAUGCUUGGACUUAUUUACUCCCAGCCACAGCAACAGCAGUCUGCCUGGAUCUGUGCAAAGCCUGUUUAUGGAGGCUGACUUCAUUCCCCAUUCCUCCCCUCAACCCAAAAGGAAAGUGGAAUGGACUAGAUGGUCAGCUUUGUUGUCACCUGCUGCCUGAAUCAACCAGUUUGAGGUGUUACUUAUCUGUCUACUUGUGUGCGACAUGGUUUUUGAUUGGCUUAUUUGAUUAGUAAGCAGAGAUUCUGGCAGAUGGUUCACCCGCUUUGCUUCCUAUCACAUCCUCGUUCCCCUGACCUCACCCGUUUAAUGUGCUUAACUCCUAAUCCAUAUGCUUUGAGCUUAAAAACAGGUGGAAUUACCGAGCACACCCAUCAAGACCCUGAUGUAGUUAUCAGUUGUUUCAACUCUUGUUGUUCUCAGUAUUUAAAUGCUACCAUUUAGUACCUUUAGUUUGUGGAAAAAUUAAGUAAUGUUGGAAAAGCUGGGAGCAUAGGUCAUGUAAUUCGGAUAUGGGGCUGUUAGAUUUAUUUGUUAACUGUUAGUUUAAAAAAAAUGCCGAUGAUGUGAGUUGUAUUCUGACAUAAAUUUAUAGUAGAUUUCAUGCUUGUUAUUGUAGAUAUAUUUGCAAAGCAUGAGCACCUAAAAAAUAUGAUCUAUCAGUUCAUAUGUAUUGUUAGAAUACAUGUUACAUGUAUUUUCAUGUUUAUUUGGAGCAGAUUUGUUUAACUUUCUGGAGCUGGCAGACAUGUUAAUUUUAGUACAGAUUUGACAAGUUCAUGUUUACUUUUUCUGUGGGCGGUUGUGGGGAGAAUUGAGGGUGAUGUAGAAAUAAGUAUCCCUUCACUUAUAUGAAAAUACAAUUGCAUCAAUUGCAGCGAAAAUCCAAAAGGCCUCCAAAGACCAUUUCUGUUGGGAGAAAACGUUGUGAUUGGUCCGUGGGUUAUGAAUGUUUCAAUCAUUCCUUUUCAUGGACGUUAGUGGUGUUGGCAUGUUGAUUGCACAGGCAGUUUUUAAUGGUUAUGAAAUAACAGGGUGUGUAAUUGAUGUGAUGGGCCACUGAAAGUAUAAAUAAAAAAAGAAGAAACAUUAAAUUUUUCUAAUCGGCAGUUUAACCCCAUCAUUUGAGAUGGUUACGAGUGCAGAUUAAGGCAUUUUAAAUGUUUGAAGGAAAGGCCUUUGUUCUGUUUCAUUUUUGUACCAAAGAAGACAACGUUGAAAAAAAUGUUGGGAAGUAGUAGUUAUUAAAAUACUGUUUUUGUUACUUUAGAACUGGAAUACUAUGACAAAAGUUAAAUACUAUGUUAAAACAACACAAGAAAACCUUUUGCUACAUUGCAGAAGUAUAUGUAUCACAUGCCUUCAGCAGAAGGACCGAGCCCUUGUAACAAAAGCCUUUGCUGUUUUCUGAACUGUUGCAUGCAUUUCUUUUGCAGCAAAAUGCAUUCUAUCACCUUAAUAUGUCUAAGAUUGCUUAAUGGUAGUGAGGGAUGAUUAACAGACAAGUGAUGUGAAUGGGUUUAUGAUGUGAACAUGAAUAAAUUAAAGCUACAGCUAUUUGUUAGUA